AUCUUCGCAGAAAGGUGGUUGCCGAAGUUGUCAGGGGGCAGACGAGAGUCCACGGGAAGGAGGACUGUUGUGGAUUAACCGCACAUACAAACCGAGCAGGGAAGGACGUGUCCGAGAAACUUCAAAAAGACAACUUUUCAGCUGGUGGCAGCUCCAAAGGAGGGGGAAACAAAACAGCAAAGUUUCUCGGGAGUUAAGUUCGCCGAGGAGCGCCGGAGUUCACCGUCCUCUCCCGGAGGACUCACAAGCGGAGACACGUUCAGUUCUGCUGCUGCACCAUGAUUAUAACUAUUUCCCUCUGAUGCUGAACUGCCUUGUGGGACGGUCAGAGGCGUCAUGGCGGAGCUGCCUAUAGUCCCGGGUCAGGUCUACGUCGAGGUGGAGUACAACUAUGAGUACAAGUCCAAGGACCGCCUCAUUACCAUUCGGGAAGGGGACUGUUACAUACUGCUCAAGAAAACCAACGAGGACUGGUGGCAGGUGAAGAAAGACGACGUGACUAAACCGUUUUAUGUACCCGCUCAGUAUGUGCGGGAGGUGCGCAAAGCCCUCAUGCCGCCGCCGAAACCCAUCUCGCAUCCCCGCGCCGCAGCCGAAAAACCCAAUCCACAAAGCGGUGCUUCACUCUGGGUCAAGCCCGCCAACCUGGAGCUGAGCCUCAAUAACCAGCCCGCCGAAUCCCUCCACAGACACGAGUCCAAGACGCGGCGCUCUCCCUCUGCACAGACCGCCUCUUCGGCCCACUUCAGUCCGCCGAUCCACCGCAGGGAGAGCAACCACCAUCACCCACCCGGCACCCCCACCGAGCAAGAGCGAGUUCUGGCCGAGAUCCUGGUCCAGGGUGGCGUUCCCCAGCCUCACCAGAAAGGGUGCACCCUGCCGCGCACCCGAGCCCGAUCGCCGGACCUGGGGAAGGAUCCCCUGGACGUGGACAGAACGCAGCACUGUGACUCUGCAGGAGAGGAGAGGCGCACCAACGACUCGGAGUCAGGAGAUGAACUGAGCAGCUCUUCUACUGAACAUCUCCAGACUGUAUCUACGUCAGGCCAGGGCCGCUCUGAGUCGCCCGUCUACACCAACAUCCAGGAUCUGAAAAUCACCAAGAACAGCCAGCCGCCGCCGCCGUCCGGCUCCCCCCUCCAAGUCACCGGCGACUGGGAGACCUACAAGGACAACAGCGGCAGACACUACUACUACAACCGCUCCUCCCUGGAGAGGACCUGGAAGCCCCCCCGGGCCAAAGAGGCCGGCAAUGGGAGCUCCAGGGAGGACAGGCACAGCGGCGUGGAGAGCUCUGAGACCACUCCUCUCUCGCUCUCGCCGUCUUUCCUUCCCUUCCUGUCGCUGUCCGUCGGGGGACUCCAGCCUCUGUCCUCAGAGGACGCCUGCUUCGGCACCUACUGCGGCCGGUCCGACGGCCGGUACGGCUCGCCGCAGCGUGGCUGGUCAGAGGAGCUGGACCAGCACGGCCACACGCUCUACGUCAGCGACUAUACGAACGAGAAGUGGUUAAAACAUGUCGAUGACCAGGGAAGGCCGUAUUACUACAGCGCUGACGGCUCCAGGUCAGAAUGGGAGCUGCCGAAGUAUAACCUGUCGCCACCUAAACUGUCCGGGGACGAAGCGAAGAGUCGUAGCUUGGACAGGAAGAACGUGGAGCCCAUCGUCCUGACCAAGUGGAGACACAGCGCCUACGCCCAGGAGCCCAGCGAAAAGCGGCUGUCAAAAAGCAGGCGUGUCCGCUCGGGCUCUGUGCGCCAACACCCGUACAAACAGCAAGAAACUCCUCAGAUCCCCAAGUCCUCUCCUCCCGACUCUGACUUGAGCCCCACGUCACCCAAGCCCCCCGCCUCUCCGUCCGAAAAGGUUGGCGUUCUGAACGUGACGAAGAUCACCGAGAACGGCAAGAGAGUCCGGAAGAACUGGACUUCCUCCUGGACGGUCCUCACAGGUGCAUCGCUGCUGUUCGACAAAAAAGCACAAGGAAGCUCAAGCUGGUUUGCAAGCAGCCAGUCCAAGCCGGAGUUCACCGUGGAUCUCCGGGGAGCGUCAGUGGACUGGGCCCCGAAGGAAAAGUCCAGCAAGAAGAACGUCCUCGAGCUGAAGGUCCGACACGGCACGGAGCUGCUCCUCUGGUCUGAAAACGACGUCGUGGUGAACGAGUGGCUGAAGGCUCUGCAGGACGCCAUCAGCGCACAUGCCUGGGAGUCUGAUGAGGCCAUUGAGGAGGACAUGCCCGAGUCGCCCGGUGCAGAGAAGCACGACAAGGACAAAGAGCAAAGGCUCUCCAAGAAAGACAAAGCCAUGAAGCCCUCGGCGAACGUGGAGGCCACCGACAACAAGAAGGCCCGACACAAGCUGAAGAAGUUCCUGCACCGCCGUCCCACCCUGCAGGCCGUCAAAGACAAGGGAUACAUCAAAGAUCAGGUGUUCGGCUCCAGUCUGGCCAGUCUGUGUCAGCAGGAGAACAGCACGGUGCCGACCUUCGUCAGGAUGUGCAUCGAUCACGUGGAGAACAGCGGUCUCUAUAUAGACGGGCUGUAUAGAGUUAGCGGGAACCUGGCCGUCAUACAAAAACUACGCUUUGCUGUCAAUCACGAUGAGAAGGUGAACCUCGGCGACGGGAAGUGGGAGGACAUCCACGUGACGACCGGCGCUCUGAAGAUGUUCUUCAGGGAGCUGCCCGAGCCGCUCUUCACCUACGCCCUGUUCAACGACUUCGUCAGCGCCAUCAAGAUACCGGACUACAAGCAGCGGGUGCAGGCCAUCAAAGAGCUGGUGAGGCAGCUGCCCAGGUCCAACCACGACACCAUGCAGGCUCUCUUCAAACACCUCAGGAAAGUGAUCGACCACGGUGAGGAAAACCGCAUGACCACCCAGAGCGUGGCCAUCGUGUUCGGCCCCACGCUGCUCCGCCCGGAGACGGAGACCCUGAACAUGGCUUUCAACAUGGUCUACCAGAAUCAGAUAGUGGAGCUCAUAUUGCUGGAGUACGAAAACAUUUUUGGCAGGUAGACACCAGAGCCGCCCGUCCUGCUGUCCCGACGCAGAGCUCUUCCUAGCCCGGCGGCCCUGCCUCAGAAAAAAGAGAAGACAACCCGGCUCGGCUUCAUCUCAGGCCAUCCCGCCCGGCAUCGCUGGUCACCGUAAAGCAACCAUGUGUCCCGUUCCUCUACAGUUACGACCAAAUAAACUUUGACUCUUUGCACUUUCCAGUAUCUCACUUUGUCCCGCAGCUGCAUUUGUGCCACUUCACUGCUAAGGCGACGUCCUCCCAGUCCCGACACUGGAUUUCCCCUGACUGUGUGGACCGAGAGGAGGAGGAAGAGGAGGAGGAGGAGGAGGAGAGGAAGCAGCUCAGGCUGACUCUAUUACAGAUGAGGCGUCAGUGUUGGAGGAUGCUGAAUCUGUAUGUGCCGCGCUGUAAAUCUCAUCGCUUGUAGUCGCUCCUGUCACCAACCAAGCCUGGGAGAACAGACAGACUUUACCUCCGCUUCGCUUUAGAUGUUUAUAAACUUAAAGGAGAAAUAAGACGAGAAAAUGACAAGAGGGGGGCGAGGGGAGGCUGUUUUUUGGCUAUUUUUAUUUUGUUUUUUUUUAUUUUAUUUCCCCCUGUUGAAUGUGCUUCUCUUUAUGUUCCUGAGAAACAAAGAGGAGGUUCUCUGCAUUAAAUAUUUUAGAACAAAUCAUCUCACUGCCUCAGCUUAAAACAAGGGUACUCAUCUGCUUCUUUAAGACUAAUAGACGAUAAAAUAUUUUGGCGAGUAGCCUCUGAACUCUGUACAGUGUUGGUGUGUGCGUAUGUGAGGAUGGGGGGGGGGGGUGGACGGACGGACGGCGUAAAGAGAGUGAAUGGAUUUACUGAAAAUGAAUUGUACAAAUAGUAAAUAUAAGUUUGUAUGCCUUUGAGUGUUCAUAAUGUGACACGAGGGAGAGAUGGCUGUUUAUGUGAUUCUUGCUGAAGCAGCAGAUGUGAGGAAUGAAUUGGUGAACCGGGGGAUGAUGGUUUACAUGAGAGUCCGGUACUGUUGGCUGCAUCAAAGUGGAAAUAAACUGGAAAUAAAUACCUCUAAGAAGAGAC